UAUCAACCCGGAAAACGGCACAACCAACAGCUGGAUCUGUGGCUUUCUUCGGCACUUCGCUACAGAUUUAUCGACAAGGAUCGCAGUGAACAGAAUGGCCACAGACUGGUUGGGUAGUGUUGUGUCUAUAAACUGUGGGGUGACGUUGGGAGUUUAUCAGGGAGAGGUGUCAUCUGUUGAUCACGCCAGCCAGACCAUCUCACUGAGACAGCCCUAUCACAAUGGGUUCCGAUGUCCUCUUCCUGAGGUCACUUUCAGUGCCAUGGAUAUCAAGGAGCUAAAGUUCCUAGAUAUCCAGAAUACAGUCAACAAGCCAAGCUCUGGUCAGGAAGCUGCAACAGAACCCAGCUUCAUACCUUCAGGAUGCCAUGCUCUGAGUAACAGAGUAACUCACCCUCAUGUAAUAAGCAGCAGCUCCCAUGCCAGCACUGCUCCAAUCACCAUCCUACGCAGAGUCUCUACAGGUUCCUCUAACAGCAGAGGGGGGACACAGGCCACACAAAGGAAAAACAACGUGAGGAAUGGAGGUGCUAGAGAGCUGAUGAGGCCAAAGGAUGACGAGUGCUUCAGAGGCGGGACAGAUGAGAACAUGGACGCAGACUUUGACUUUGAGGGAAACCUGGCUCUGUUCGACAAAGCCGCUGUCUUCUCCCAGAUUGAUGGGACCACCUGCAACAGGGCAAAGCCUCACAGCAAUCAGGGCGAACAUAAGCCCCUGUCCUAUCGCCAUGAUGAGAAUAUUCUGGAGGUGAAGCCCGUCAUAUACCGACAGAUAACAGUGCCCCAGCAUGGGGGCAAAGAGUACUGUACCGAUUCAGGCCUGGUGGUUCCCAGCGUGCCCUAUGAGCUUCAUAAGCGUCUACUAGCAGCUGCGGAGCGCUGGGGCCUGUCUCUGGAGCGCAGGCUGGAGACGAUCGGCGUUUGUUCUAGUCAGAUGGCCCUCACUCUGCUGGGUGGACCAAACAGACUCACACCAAAAAAUGUCCACCAGAGGCCCACUGUGGUCCUCCUGUGUGGGCCACACAUCCAAGGAGCCCAGGGCAUCAGCUGUGGUAGACACUUGGCCAACCACGAAGUGGAGGUCGUCCUGUUCCUGCCCAAUUUUGUCAAGAUGCAGGAGUCGGUCGCCAGUGAGGUCCACCUCUACAGCAGAACCAAGAGCAAGCAAGUGGCCGGCGUCAAAGACCUGCCAACAAGCCCUGUUGAUCUGGUAAUCAACUGCCUGGGUUGCCACGAGAACCCAAUGCUGAGGGAGCAGACCUGGUACCAAUCAGCUGCUGACUGGGCCAACCAGAACCGGGCUCCAGUCCUAAGCAUCGAUCCCGCGGUCAGCGGCGAGCAUCAGACUGUCGAGGCGAAGUGGACCCUCUUUUUGGGCCUUCCGCUACCUUUAGCGGAGACGGAGAGCAGGGUCUACCUCUGUGACAUUGGCAUCCCUAAACUGGUUUUCCAGGAAGUUGGAAUCAGCUACCACUCACCCUUUGGAUGUAAAUUUGUCAUUCCUCUGCACACGGCAUAACGGACUACCCACUGACAUUGCUUAGUUACAAAUGGACAAAUAGGAGGGAAUGGUCUGCUUUUCCACAGUGGGUAAAGGUACUACUGUGUAUGCGGCAAUAGCUGCAGAGCAAACUAUAUGACGUGAACAGUAUUUUGUUACAAAGUGUAUAGAACGUCAUGACACGUCUGGAAUCAUAUGGCGUUGGUCUUUCCUCCCUACCCCGCUGGAAACUCCCGGGGUUGCCGCGCGUUGCGUGCGACACCUCUUGUUUUUGAGAGGGAAAGGUUUCCUGUUCUUUGGUGUGUUUUGAUAAGGGCUCCGUGACGAUGUGACUAUGUUUACAAAAUGCUGACCACUGUGAGUCUAUCUAUGACCUCUGAUCCUGUCACCAGUCAGAGCAGCAGAGACACAGUUCCUGUUUCCUCCUUUUAGAUUGCAUGUGGUCCUGACCCUGUGACCCUGUGCACAGCUCAGCCUAAAGCAGUCUGCCAACCCAAACCUGCCAUUCAUCUGGCCCACAGUUGAUUUCCAUGUCCAUUGUCUUUCAAUUUAAUGCAGUUUUUUACUUACUUAAAUAGGUAUAUUUUGUCUAAUAGUGGUUGUUACAUGUUUCACCGAAAAGGGGAUAUUACAAAGAAUAUAUUUUUUUAUUUAUUUUGGGAAUACAUCUCAGGAACGAAUGAAUGAGCACUGGAAAAACUUUAACAUUUACGUUAAAUCCGAUAGCACGAUAGUUAUGAGUUUAUAACCACUGAAUGAAAAGUGGUAGCAGGCACCCCUGAGGAUUAAUUUCUUGCAGAUUAGACAUGAUUUUGAAGCAAACAUUCCAAGGACCAAAAACAUCUUGGACCAAAUUAAUCUCUAGAGAUUAUAGCUAGUAAAUAGUGGCGGAACCUAAUUCUUACUUUCCAUUUUCACACAUCAAAUUCAGCCACCUUCAGUGAAAUAACCACUUCCUCUCUUUUGGUCAGCAUAGUGAUCUCCUGUUAUAACCUCAGAUCGGCAAAUUGUCAACUUUACAAGUAAAAGGAAAAUAGCCUUAUUUUUUAGACUGGCAGCUAAACAAAAUACAGCAUUUCAAGUUAAAACCUGAGUCAAAAAAUUGUAGUCAUAAGUUAUAAAUGAGAGCUUGAUAGGCUUUGCAGGGUUCUCACUAAACUAACUCCUACACUUUGGAUUUAAUGAAUCAUUUCAUGCAAGGUCAGCAGUCUCUGGACUGAAUGUGUGAUGAAGGGGUGAUGCAUUUUGUUUAAAGUAGUGGCCUUGGCUACUCUGACAAAAAUAGUGAAACAAGAAUCAAUGAAUUUGUGGUGAACAAUGAUUAGCUCCUUAAGAAAAUUUAACUUUUUUUCUUUUCUUUUUUUUCUAUCUCCUGAGAGAUUGCCCAAAACCAGAAACUGCCCAGAUCCAGGCGUUCAAAGUUUAGAUGAAGCUUAAGCUGUUGGGGCUUCUGCGAAGUUCUGAGUUACAUAUCUGAAUAUUAAUAUGAAUUAAACCUUCACUCAGGGAAACACGGGCAGUUUAAUACACUCCAGCCUCUUUUCCUGCUCGUUAUCAGAACCACUAUUAUUUUUCUUCUCCAAUGCAGCGGAGACUAAAUGAAACGCUUAAGAUUUGAUCAUGACUGUAAAUCAAGCAAUCCUGUUUAAAAACAUUCCACAUUC